AUGGCACGUGGUAAUUCAAUGCGCUGGGGUCGAGCUCUCCUUCGUUUUUUGGACUUUGCGCUAUCUCUUGUAGCACUUGCUACUCUAUCCCGUGCUUUUGUGGGAGCAUCGUACUAUGGCUACUCGAGUAUGUUGGGCAGCAGAGCAGCAACGUAUGCGACGCUUAUGACGUAUACGGGCAUGGUAGUGGGCCUCUUCUUUCUCCUCUUUAUGGAGCUUUUUCGAUUCUUCCCACGUCCAACUCCUCAUCUCUUUGAGCAACUCAUCGAUCUUCUACUAGCAGCAAUGCUGGUUGUUGCUGGAAUUGUAUUGGUCGUGUCAGACUAUGUGUCGAAUUGCUCUGUCUACGGCUAUAUGCUGCGCUGCAAUCAUAUGAAGACGGCAGUGGUCUUCACGUUCCUCGCAUCAUUUUCUUAUUUUGUGACCUUCUUGCUUGACUGUUGUGAAAGCUUCAUGGGAUCGCGUCGUCACAAUGGAAGUGACUUGGAUGAAGCAGGUCAUGCUGUCGACUAUCAUGCUGAAUCUACCCCCACUGGAAUCUCGACACCUAAAGACACUUCGAACCGCGUAAAAGAGACUUUCUAUCAUUUAAGUGUUGAGUUCGUGUUCUUUUUCUUGGAAAUUAUCCCAUCGCAGGUCUCAAGUCAUAGAAAACUUUUUUGCUGCUCACUUAUCGCUUACAUUGCAUUACGAACGGCUGGCGUAUCGUACCAGAAUACGACAGGAGGUCAAACUGUUCAAGUCGUCGUGAGCAGUAGUGCUAUGAGUUUUGCAAGAAUUAUCAACUUUUUGGCCUUUGUAUACGCCUUCGCCUUCUUAGUGUUUAUUGAGUGGCUUCGCUUGUGCAUACAACCUGUGCACUACUGUGAAAGAGUGAUGGAUAUGGUGCUUUUUGUGAGUCUUGCCACUGCAUCCCUAUUUUUGCUCUUGUCGGGGGUCACGCUACAUUGUCAUGGUAGAUUCAAUCACUUCGUGCGAUGCGGAAGUAUCUAUCUGGCAGUGGCAGCGUCAGUUUUGUCAACACUUGCGUUUUUGGGCGUGACAAUGAUCGGAUCACGUGAAGACGGACCAAGACAGAACCCAGACGAUCGCAACCCCGAAACGUACGAACAACAAAGCACCCCGCGGACUGGCGCAACGCCGGUACCCAUAGUCACUGAACAGCCAGCUUAG